CUGCCAUCAGUCUGCAUCCGACCACACUCAAAUAUGAAACUUUUGUUAUCAGCGGGUUUGCUUCUUUGCUCAUAUGCCUGCGCCACGGAUAUUCCAGCGGAAUUCACGUCCGCUGGUAUAGUACCAGAUGUGUUGACGAAGGCACCCAGUGAACUGCUUUCGGCGACUUACAAGGAUGGCGAUAAAGAUAAAGAUGUGCAUUUCGGAGAGGAACUCACGCCCACGAUUGUAAAGGAUCCUCCGGCAUUGAGUUGGAUGUCCGAAGAUUCUUCUCACUACGCUAUACUCAUGGUCGAUCCCGAUGCACCAAGCCGUGAAGAUCCCAAGUUCCGCGAGAUGCUGCACUGGCUGGUGGCCAACGUGCCGGGCUCCGACUUGAACAAAGGCGAGGUGAUCGCGGAGUACGCGGGCUCGGCGCCGCAAAAGGAGACAGGCCUGCACCGCUACGUGAUGUUGGUGUUCAAGCAGCCGGACAAGCUGACCAUCGAGGAAGCGCGCAUCAGCAAUCGCGAGCGCACAGGCCGCCCUGCCUUCUCCGUCAAGGCCUUCGCUGCCAAAUACAAGCUCGGCGACCCCAUCGCCGGCAACAUGUUCAGGGCUCAAUGGGACGAGUACGUGCCGAUUCUGCGCAAGCAGAUGGGCGACGAGUCGUAAGAGUUGCGACCGCAUACCUCCUCGUAGCGCAUUGCUUCCUUAGUCGACAUAUCCGCGGUUCGGAGAUGUUUCUCAUUAUCAACGAAUUGUAGCGCUUAGGUUUUGUAUGCUUGCUGAUGCGGCGCUCGAUUAAUACACCAUUACUUUCGAAUGCUC